UCUCUCUCAGUGCUGGUGUGUGUGUCUCUGGUUUCUGUCUCGGCCUUCGUGGAGGAGCUCGACGACUCCUUCAUGGAGACCAAAGGAGACGACGACAUCUGGCUCAUUAAAUUCUACGCCCCCUGGUGCAGCUUCUGUCAGCAGCUGGAUCCGGUCUGGCACCAGAUCGGAUCAGAACUCAAGAGUCUCGGAUCCCCGAUCAACGUCGGCAAAUCAGACGCCUCCACCAGCACAGGUUUGGCCAAAGAGUUCAAGGUCAGAGGUUACCCUUCCAUCCUCAUGCUGAAGAAAGACGUGAAAUAUAAUUAUUCAGGACCGAGAACCAAAGACGGGAUCAUGGACUUCGCUAAUCGCGUCGCUGGGCCGCUGGUUCGAGUCCUGUCGAGUCUGCAGCUGUUCCAGCACGCGAUGAGCCGCCAUGAUGUCAUGUUUGUUUAUAUAGGAGCGACAUCACCACUGAAGGGUAAUUUCUCCUCAGCAGCCGAGCAGAUGAUCAUCCACACGUUCUUCUUCUCUGCUUCUAGAGACGUCCUGCCAAAGGCCGUCUCCGUCUCCUCUCUGCCGGCGGUCCUCGUCUUUAAAGACGGGAUGUACUUCACCUACAGCGAGGAGAGAGACGGUGAGCUGCAGGCCUGGAUCAACAGAGAACGAUUCCCCACCUACCAAAAGAUCAACAGCUACACCCUCUACGCCAUGGGAGAGACAGGUAAACUGGUGCUGCUGGUGCUGGUGGAGGAAAGGCAUCUGUGUGAGAAAAGUUUGAGAUAUAAGAGUCUGCUGGAGAAAGUGUCUGCAGACUACAGAGACUUCUACAGCCGGAACUUCUACUUUGGUUUUAUGGUGGACAGGGACUACAUUAACGGUCUGGUGAUGAGUGAGGUCGCCGUGCCGUCGUUCAUCGUGGUCGAUCUCUCCAGUGACAGCUACUUCCUGUCCCCUGACGCCAUGGAGACGGAGCGCCACCUGCUGGACUUCCUGGACAAGGUGCUGGAGGGCAGCGUGCAGGCUCAGGGAGGAAAUGGAUUCGUUCAGCGCGUCCAACGCUUCGUUCACGAUGCCAAAGCCACGCUGACGUCGGUGUACGCUCAGUCUCCUCUGACCGGCUGCUUCCUGGUCUGCUUCCCGCUGGCUGCGGUCCUGGUGGUCUGCUACGCGUGCUGCUCAGUCCGCCCCCCCACCGGGGACGGGGACGGGGACCGGGACGGGGACCGGGACCGGGACGGCGUCGCUCGGUCAGCGCCGCGCCGCCGAAGACUGACGGACAAGAAGUUCCACGAGUGUUCCACCUUUACGAGUGUUCCACCUUUACGAACGUUCCACCUUUACGAGUGUUCCACCUUUAUGAGCGUUCCACUUUUACGAGUGUUCCACCUUUACGAGUGUUCCACCUUUACGAACGUUCCACCUUUACGAACGUUCCACCGUUACGAGUGUUCCACUUUUACGAGUGUUCCACCGUUACGAGUGUUCCACUUUUACGAGUGUUCCACCUUUACGAGUGUUCCACCUUUACGAGUGUUCCACCUUUACGAACGUUCCACCUUUACGAGUGUUCCACCUUUACGAACGUUCCACCUUUACGAGUGUUCCACCUUUACGAGUGUUCCACCUUCUAUAUAA